AUGCAGAAAGAACUUGAGACUUUCGCCUCGAAGACUUACAAGGGGCCAUGCGCAGGUGACGACGUGGAUGCGCAUUUCAACAAGACUUUAACUUUCGUUGCCAACAGCAGAGACCCCCACUCAACUACUGAGAGUGAUGGAGAUAUUACAGCCAUUCACCACACCCGCAAUCGUCUCCUAGCAACUCCAUACAGAUUAAUAGUAAUCUUGGAUACCCUUCAGAAACUAGGUGAUUUGAGCCGUAUUCUUGGUUCGCAGCAAAAGUCCAAAGAUAAUGGCUUUACAAAACUUGCCACAAGUGCAGCUUACUAUGAAAAACGUCUCGAACCACUUUUCAAGGGGAUAGAGUUUAUUAAGGAGAAGGUCAAAGACAUGUUGAAUAUGAUUGAACUGGGAUUGAGUUCCAAGAUGACCAGCAAGAUGCUUGACCUCAACAACCGAAUGGUUAAUUUAAACAACCGCAUGCUCGGUGCAAAUAAGCAGCUGCUCCAACUUGGAAACAAAAACUUUGACGACAAUGCUACUGUCAAGAUCGUGACCCUCGGGACGCUUAUAUACUUACCAGCAAGCCUUGUAUCAUCGGUUCUCGGAAUGAACUUAUUCAAAUUUGACGAUGGCACAACCAAAGUACUCAUAAUAUCCAAACAAUUUUGGAUAUUCGUUGUUGCUACGAUCAUCUUGGCCAUCGUCACCCUUGGAGGAUGGUAUAUAUGGACACAUAAGGAAGAAGUGAUGAGGCGCAAGUUCCGCCUUCACAAGCAUGAUGAGCCGCAGGGUGCUGAGCAAGAUGUUGAGCUUGAUGAAAUUUGA